AUAAAUCUCCCCCAUCAUCCUUACUACACUUAUCUCCUGUAUUUUUACAGCACCAACUCUCAUCUUUUUUUUCAGAUAAGCCAGAUACAGCAAUGUAGAAAAGACAGAUAUGUGGCAGGUAGCUCAGAAGAGUAAUCAGACAAGCCAAUAUUUAGUACUGCGGAUGUUCCGGAGACGAAAAUACGGGCUGUUCCUCCUUGUCCAAACUGCCUUAACAUCAGGUGUACCGUAUCUUGAGACAGAUGAAAAACUGUCAAUUUAUGUAGCAGGUGAUGAUAUAACCCUUCUGUGCUGCUCUUCUUUGAUUCACCAAAUAUUGGAAUUCUUUAAAGGAGAUUCGAUAAUUUAUUCCAUAGAACAAGACAAAAACUGUACUAGUCAUAUGGUUAAAAUAACAACCCAGCAAGAUAUUGGUCCAUACUACUGUGCAUCCAAAGCACUAGAAAAUGGAACUUAUGUACAAUCCAAUAUGAGCAAUCCAUUCACUAUCCCAUUUGCAGACACACCAUUGCCUCCCUCUAUUAUGCUGGAACCUUCCUACUCUGUAUACACUACUAAGGAAUCCAUGCAUUUGGCAUGUGUAACUCCUAAACGUACAGCAGCUAGAGGAAUCCAGAUAUACAGAGAAGAAAAGAAAAUUCAUGAAGCGGAGUCACUUAACCAAACGUAUGAGAUUUCUGCAUCAGACAAAGAUGCUUCAGGCAAAUAUUAUUGUAAAUAUUGGGUAGAAAAGAAUGGACGAAAAAUUUACUCAUCAUCCAGUGAGCAUACAACAGUCAAUGUAACAGAUGUACCACUGGCUCCAUCUUUGUCUCUGAAGCCAGAACAUUCGGUGUUUACCAAGGAAGAGGCUAUCACCCUUACAUGCUCCUUUCCUCCAGGUUUCACAGUUGAAGAGGUUAACUUUUACAGAAAUGGUGAACUGUUUCCUAUGAACAACUUACAAGAAACAGAAACAUUUGUUAUGGCUACACUGAAUGCCAGUACAACUGCUAAAUAUACCUGCCAGUACUCUGUCAAAAUAAAUGGUAGAAAAAUUGCUUCAGAUUCCAGCAAUGAAGUUACAAUCAGUAUAACAGAACCCCCCCAAGUUCCAUCGAUCACACUAGGGCCUUUACAGCCAGUCUAUACCACAGAGGAGACGGUGGCAGUCAUAUGCUCUGUUCCUCAUAACCUUAAUGGUGAUCUGAAAUCUGUCAAGUUUUACAGAUCUGAACAACAAAUUUACAAACAAGAAGCCUGUAAAAGGAAAUGUAGUUAUACAGUAUCUAACCCUACAACACAGCUCAGUGGAGAAUAUACUUGUGAAUAUUUGAUGUCAAUAUAUGGGAGAGAGCUAUCGGCCCGUUCACAAAGUGUGCAAGUAACUUUUAUAGAACCACCUCCAGUUCCAUCGAUCACACUAGGGCCUUUACAGCCAGUCUAUACCACAGAGGAGACGGUGGCAGUCAUAUGCUCUGUUCCUCAUAACCUUAAUGGUGAUCUGAAAUCUGUCAAGUUUUACAGAUCUGAACAACAAAUUUACAAACAAGAAGCCUGUAAUAGGAAAUGUAGUUAUACAGUAUCUAACCCUACUACACAGCUCAGUGGAGAAUAUACUUGUGAAUACUUGAUGUCAAUAUAUGGGAGAGAGCUAUCGGCCCGUUCACAAAGUGUGCAAGUAACUUUUAUAGAUAUCCCGCAGACACCAUCUGUUUUCCUGACACCUAAGCAACCUGUUUAUCUAAAGGGGGAGACUGUCAACAUAACAUGUUCUCUUCCUGAGGGGCCUAAAGCUAUCAGCAUCCAAUACUUCAAGGAUGGCCAAGAAAUCCAUAGACCAAAGCGAAUCAAAACAAUGUCUACAUGCGUACUAUCUAAUUUAUAUCUGGAGAAUACAGGAAGCUAUACAUGCCAGUACUGGCUGAGUUAUUCUGGAAGACAGAUUUCUUCCCAUAGAAGUCUGCCUAUUUCUAUCACUGUUGAAGAAAUCCCACAGUCUCCCUCCAUUGAACUGAGCCCAAUGAUGUCUGUAUAUACAAAAGGAGAGUCUGUUGGUAUCAAAUGUGUUCCACCUACUGAUUCUGAGGUGGUUCACAUUCAAUAUUUUAAAGAUGACAAAAUAAUUCAUAGAUCAUUUGAGCAUUUAUUUGUCAUAUCUAGUUUAUCCCAAGAAAACAAAGGAAACUAUUCAUGUGGCUACGUGUGUAAUCGUUAUGGAAGACAAAUAAUUUCUAAACCAAGUCAGUCUGUCCCCAUCUCAGUUCUUGAUAUCCCCCAAGUUCCUUCCAUUAUUCUAAACCCUAAGCUACCUGUUUAUAUUAAGGGGGAAAAUGUCAGCAUUAUAUGCUUGGUUCCCGAGGAGUCUACGAUUAUCUCCAUACUGUACUUUAAAGACAACCAAGAAAUAUCUGAGACAACCAAGACGACAUCCUCAUACAUCGUACCUUAUUUAUCUCUGGAGAAUACCGGGCAAUAUAAGUGUCAGUACUCACUCAAUAUUUAUGGCAGAAAUAUUUCUUCCCAUUCAAGUCUCUCUAUUUCCAUCAUUGUGGAGGAACCCCUUGUAGCGCCUGUUCUUAAGCUGGUUCCAGAUGAGAAAUUAUACAUAGUCGGAGAAAGGCUCUUCUUAACAUGCGUCGGCUAUCUUCAUGCACAAUACAAUAUAUAUAAAGAUAGCCAGCUGCUGCAGAAUGACUUCUCUCAUCUAAUUCCAAGCUUACAGCUAUAUCACAAUGGAAACUAUACCUGUACAUACAGCAUUGAUAACAAGGGACGUCAAAUGGAGUCACCCAGAAGCCAUACUGUUAAUAUGUAUGUAAUUGCACCGUUGCCUGCUCCAACACUCACAUUGGGAGGUCCUAUUGUAAAAGAAGAGGAUGGGUUCAAGUUAACGCUAAACUGUUCUGCCCCGGAUGAUGAUCUGCUCACAACCUUUUACUAUCUCAGCAUGACGGAAAAAAGUGAUUUGAUCAACUUGACGGAUUUUUCAGCUACUUUUGAGUUGAAAGUGGGAUUUAUCAGCCAUAUUUCCUAUACUUGUGAAUAUGACAGGGAGCUGAGAGGUAGAAUGAUUAGGUCUAGAAGGAGUCCAACACUUUUCAUACAGCUCUCAGAAGCCUCCAUGAUGACCCCUCCAGUGAUAGCUGGUAUUAUUGGAGCAGUAUCUCUUCUCCUCUGUUUUAGCCUGGCACUUUGGUUCUAUAUGAAGAGUAAAAAACAUAACAGACAUAAUCGUUUCCGUUUCAGCUGGUACUGGAAAGAAAAUCAAUCUCCAAAAAAGUCUUAUUCUCCACGCCCUUUAAGUCCAGAGCAAAAACUUGUGGAGACAAACCAUGUUCUGGAUUUGUCAGGAGAAGGUCACUACAAAACAGUUUCAAGAAACCCUUCAAGUUUAUCAAUUGCUACUCAAAAGGAGGCCGAUGCGCCAGAAGGAGCUAUUAACUUCUCUACAUUUCACUCUAAAAACGUAUCUGACGGAGACUGUGUCUGGAAUUCUUCAACCCUUUAGGAAGGAAAUGAAUAUGAUUUAUAUGUGUCUAUAACUGACUGUUUAAUAUGUUCUUUAGGCUAUGUUCACACCGUGGAAUUUCCAAGCAGAAUUUUGCAGGAAUAUUCCGCUGGUAAAUUCUGCUGCAGCAGACUCCCAUUGAUUUCAAUGGUAUUUUUUAGAUAAAUAUAGGUUCUACACACAUAAAAAUUUAUAUGUACAUGAUCAGGAUUAGGUACUGAAUACCAUACAUUUUUUGUGGGAUAUGACAGACAACUUCAUUUUUGCAUUUUCUUUUUUUGCUUGUUUUUUGUGUGACCAAUUGUACAUUGUAAUUAUAUCACUCAUUUUACCAUAAAAUCUAUGGUGAAUAUUAUUUGUAUGGGGAAAAUGAUGAACAUUUUGGAGGGUUUAUCUAAAACUGGCAUGUUUUCUUUAUUCUGUGGGUCAGAACCAUUAAAAUAACCAUGAAACAUGCUGUUGUAUUAUUGUACUGCUUUUUGAAGAAAGCAAGUAUGUUUAAAAUUGCAGGACUGGAA